UUCAUGCCCGAGGACCCUUUUCCCCUCGGAAGGAGAAUGUCCCGAGGAGGUGGCAGCCUCAGCCCAGGCACCAUGUUUUACGUGCAUUUGUUGGUCAACAAGCGCGGGCCCUUGGCUAAGAUAUGGCUCGCAGCCCACUGGGAGAAGAAACUCACCAAAGCUCACAUAUUUGAGUGCAAUUUAGAGGCUACCAUUGCAAAAAUCAUGUCGCCAAAGUUUACAAUAGCUCUGCGAACCACUGGACACUUACUGCUGGGAGUGGUGAGGAUUUACCACAGAAAAGCAAAAUACCUCUUGGCAGACUGUAGUGAAGCUUUGACAAAAAUGAAGACAGCCUUUAGGCCAGGACUUGUUGACCUUCCAGAAGAGAACUUUGAGGCUGCUUACCAGUCCAUCACAUUACCCGAAGAGUUUCAUGAUUUUGAAACGUCACUACCUGACCUGAAUGCCAUUGAUGUUGCUGAACAUUUCACCUUGAAUCGGAGCAGAGCUGAAGACAUCACACUGGCAGAGGGUUAUGAAGGCAAUAUGCUUCUCUGUGACAGAGCCUUUGAUGAAGAACCAGAGGCAGUGAGGAAACAGAGCUCCUUUGACAGCAGCUUCUUAACGAGCAGCAACAGCCUGGUGGCUGCUCCCAACUCUGCCAGCCUGAGUGGGGACAGGUCUGCCCUGCACGAGGACACCUUCUGCUUGGAGCACGACUGCUUUGGAGAUGAAGAGGAUGCUGCAGAUAUGAUUGAAAUCCUGUUGAGGGAUGAGCAGAAUGGCCUGGAUAAAGAUAUUCUUAAUAUGGAGGAAGAAUGUCCUUUGUCACAGGACCUGCUAGAGAACAUUGGGUCCCACUGUGCAGACACCCCCAGUAGGGAAGCCAGUCAGGUAGCAAGUGAAACCAGGCACUUCCUAAAGGAGGAAGAAGGGUUUGUGCUGGAGCCUGUUGAUGAUACAGCUCUCACCCAGAGGAAAAAGAAUAAAAGAAAGAGGAAGUUGCUCGUGGAUGUAGAGAAGGAGCUCAGCUGCUAUGCUAUACACAACCAGCUUAACAACUGCAGGGACAUCCUUGCUACCUUAGACCUUGCACCCCCAACUAAAAAAACAAUGAUGUGGAAGAAAUCAGGAGGAGUGGAUAAGCUGCUGUCCCACGCCACACAGCCCGUGGUUCACAUCAAGCUGCAAAUGUUGUUUGCAAAAUGCUUCAAGAGUAACAAAUUCAAGAUGGGAAGAAAUGGAAUCCAGAAGGAGUCUGAAAUGGAAGAAACAAGAAAGGAGCAGGAUGCCACAGAGAUGCUGACAGUAGAAGAGCCAAGUUACCUGCAGGAGGCAGCUCCUCUGGAGACUGGGAUUAGAAAUAGGAAUGGUUCCUUUAUCUUGACAUCCCAGAAAAAGAGACAAGAAGCUGAUGACAACUGUGGUGAAACUCCACAGGAUGGAACUGCUUUCUCCGAGACCUCCUCGCUGGCAAACAACUCCUUGGGCCCAGAAGCUGAACCCCAGCAAGCCAAGUUCCCAAAUGAGUUAACAAGGAACCAGAAGGACUGUGAGGAAACAAGAAGAAAAAGUACUCUUCAGUUACUGAAAACCUUACAGCACCUGAAGAGCUCUGGGGUUGGUUCCUUCAGCUUACGGGAGCUCUGCUGGAAAAACAACCGGAAAGAAGCUUCAGCCAAGUUUUACACCUUCCUGGUCCUGAAGAAGCAGCUGGUGAUUGAGCUGAGGCAGAGUACUCCCUUUGCUGACAUCACAGCCACCCCUGGCCCCAUGUUCAGCACUCUCUGA